AAUGUCGUGUAGAAAAAAUUUUGGACCCGGUCCUGGGGCGUACAAUCUUCCCACCACCUUUGGCUACAAAAACUGCGACGCCAGAAUGGAGAGAAGUCCAGGCUUUUCCUUCGGAAAACGUAACCGGUCUUGCAACAACCCCAACCGGAGGAGAGCAGCUGGACCUGGGCCAGCGGACUACUUCCCCGACAAGGUGUCGCGGUUCGGAAGGGUAACGGAGCACGAGUUCUCCGUUUUUAGUCCGCAUAGUAGUCACUGGGUGUCCCGUCGUUAGAAUUGGCUUGUUUUCUAAAUAUACAUACAUGUGUGAGGUAAAAA